AUGUUAAUUUAUAAAAAAGCAACUCCUUAAGGUAUAUAUUAUGAUGAAUAAUUAGAAAUCUAAAAGUAUAGAGAUGAUCAAGUGAAAAAUUGGAGUAAGGAGAAGGAUUUAUAGAGAUUAAAUGAAAGCUAAGUCAAUUAGAUGUUGGAUUUAUUUCUUUUAUUUGCUAGUCAACGUACAUUUACAAUAAGAGUAUGAUGUUUUAAUCAUAUAAAGACAAAAGAUGUAGAAGCUUAAAAUACAUUAUUGAGAGUAAAUGAAGAAUCAACUUUAUUUUAAAAUGUAUUAUCAAAAAUGAUUCUCAUCGAUGAUGAUUUAAAUUUUAUCAGUUUUUUAAAACUAUAUGUAUAAUGCAUUGUAAGAUUAAUAUGUUCAUUAUUUAGGGUGAAGCUUAAUAAGAGGAAUAAUUAAAAUAGCUAUUUACAACUUUGAGUGCAAAUAGAUCCAUCAAAUUAGAAGAUUUAAACAGAUUAGCUAAAGAGUUGGAUCACUAUCAUCUUAAAGAAGAAGACUUAAAAGAAAUUUUAAAAGUGACCUCUGCUAAUGGACAAGAAAUUACAUAAGAAGAUUUUAUAAGAUUUUAUACAUAGAUAGUGAAAAGUUAAAGAUAAUUAUGAUCAAAAUUAUAUAUAGGUUUAGUAUAUAAUAAAUAAACUAUUACACUAUUCUUGAACUCAAUGCAACAUGUACCUAAAAACAGAUAAAAUAAAACUAUCUGAAACUAGCCAAGAUCUAUCAUCCAGAUGUAUAUAAGGGAUAUAAUUCAAAUAGGUAUAGAUUUUAAUAUUAUUUUUUUAGAUUCAAACUUAUUCAAGAAGCAUACAAUACUCUUAAGACUCCUGAAAAAAGAUAAUCAUAUGAUUAGACUAUUUUAAAGGAAAGAGCAUUUGUUAAUCAAGAAAGAUCUUAAAAUAAUGAAUUUGAUGAAAAUACAUAUACACAGCCAAAUAAACUAAAGAUGGAAUCAAUUUUACAUUCAUAAAAAAAGAAUAUAAAGAUUCUACUGAAGAUAAGACUGUAGAAGUAGAAUUUAAAAAAUUAUGUAAGAACCUCUUAAAAUUAAUCCAGAAGAAGUUAAGGUUUAUGAAAAUAUUGUAGCUAGAUAAAUGAGUAAGAACAUAAAGCUUAAGAUGAAUUCAUUAUUCCUAAAGAAAAUAAACGGAAAAUCUUCUUUUUCUAAGCUCAUUAUAUUGGUUAUACUUAACAAGUUAAAAAAUAUAUAUUCAAGUUAUUAAUUAUAGUGGCAAUUAAAAAAAUGAUACUGAAGAAAUGAAACAGUUGAAAAAACGUAUUUCUAAUGUAAACUCUUUUAUAUCAUUAAUUUAAAGACCAUUUUCUUUAUUUUGAUUGGAC